UAUGCUGAAAAUGAGGUACGCGGGAGUCGUCCCACUAUCCUGGAGAUUCAGUCCGUCAGCAGUUCUCCUGCAUUGCCAUAAUCAAACAGCAAUGGGACAAGAAACGACUACCGCAGUAGAGAGGGGAUCCGAGUCAAGUACUGCACCAUUAGCCCAUCUGAAGCACGCAGUUUACGACGGCACAUCUAACUUCGUCCAGAAAGUAUUUUAUUUAUGAUGAUGAUGUUCACCGAGGCCCGGGUCCUGACCACAGGGACAGCAGUGUUCACCUGUCUACUCGCCACCCUGUCCGUGACCUCCCUUCCAGCAGAUAUAGAGAAAGGGAGGAGGAGGGUAGUCCACGUACUCGAGGACGAGACUGGGGCGGUGAUCGUGCAGACGGCUCCCGGUAAGGUGGUCAGUCACCGCGGGGGCUCCAUCACGCUGCCCUGCCGGUUCCACCACGAGCCCGAGAACUCCGACCCGGACCGCGUCCGCAUCAAGUGGACCAAGGUGACGGACGCGCUGCAGUUCGUGGACGUGUUUGUGGCGCUGGGCCGCCAGCAGAGGGCGUUCGGGGGGUACCUGGGACGGGUGUCCAUGGAGCAGGCUGGCCCGGAAGACGCCUCUGUGGUCAUCCACAACGUCACGCUGGACGACUACGGGCGCUACGAGUGCGAGGUGACCAACGACAUGGAGGACGACACGGGAUUCGUUAACCUCGACCUUGAAGGCGUGGUGUUCCCCUACUACACUCCAGUGGGACGCUACAAGCUCAACUACCAGCAGGCAGAGGAGGCGUGCCGAGGCCAGGAUGCCAUCCUGGCCUCCCAUUCCCAGCUACACAAGGCCUGGCUGGAGGGGCUGGACUGGUGCAACGCGGGCUGGCUGGAGGAUGGCUCGGUCCAGUACCCAAUCUCCCACCCCCGGGACGAGUGUGGCAGGAAGGAUACCCCUGCGGGGGUCCGUAACUACGGUUACAGACACAAGGAGGACGAGCGCUACGACGCCUUCUGCUUCACCUCCAACCUUAACGGCAAGGUUUACUUCCUGAAGCGCUUCAAGAAGGUGAAUUACGCCGAGGCUGUGAAGGCCUGCCUGCGUGACGGCUCGUCCGUGGCCAAGGUGGGGCAUCUGUACGCCGCCUGGAAGCUCCAGCUUCUGGAUCGCUGCGAGGCCGGCUGGCUGGAGGACGGCAGCAUCCGGUACCCCAUAGUGAACCCCCGCGCCCGCUGUGGCGGAGCCCAGCCCGGCGUCCGCAACCUGGGCUUCCCCGAUAAGAAGUUCCGCCUCUACGGGGUCUUCUGCUUCCGCAGGAACAAAGUUGAUGCGGAUGGUAGACCCACACGGCUCCCGGCGCUGAGGAACGGCAGCAACGACCUCCCCAUGAACACAACCAGGUCCGUUUAGAGCGGAAAGGCUAGGCAGACGACCAACACAGCAACUCAAUCCAUGGCUUCUUUCUAAAACGCAUAGUGACGAGACUAAUUCUGAGAUUUACCAGGGAGGAGAAGCAUGGCAGUGUUAAAUCAGAGGGGACGUCUUUCUCUGUUUUCUGGUAAAUGGGGUGUCUGACAGUCCGUCAUCGUAGGAGCGAGAGAGUCUCUGCGAUCAUCGCUGGCUACCACAAGCUUAAAUACAACUGAUUAGAACCCAGGCACAUCCGGUUAGAAAGCCUUUCAUUACUUUCCUGGUUCAUCACAUUGUGUGCCUGUGUGUGUGUGUGUGUGUGUGUGUGUGUGUGUGUGUGCACUCGCCUUACACAGUCUGUUUUGUCCCUGUGGGUUUGAGGGGAAAAAGAGAAGUUUUUCUGUGAUAAGAGAAAUAAAAUACUCUGAACAACCAGAGAGACAUUAAUUAGCAGCCAGCACAGACAGACAGACAGGCAGGCAGAUAGAGGGGUGGCUGUUUAAAACACACCGUCAGAGGUCUGAUUAAGACAGACAUAAUUAGCUACAAACCCAAUUCAUGCUCAUGCAGCCCACUGUAGGUGUCAGGGGCCAGCAUGAGAUUUGGCAGAGCAUAGCAUGGCAUGGCUUAGGGAUGCUCAGCAUUUACUGUGUUUCCACCCGGCCAAUGAAGCCUCAUCCAUUUGGUUGCCAGGUUUGGUACAUAACCCCCCUCCUCAACAUGCAUGUACACAAGUUACAACAUUGGCAUAGAUUACCAGAACACAAAAUGCUUAAAAUGGUAGAAUACUACUCUUGCUCUUUGCUUUCUCCUAAGCCGGCUCUCUUACAUUAGCCUGAGUCCAGCCAGCAUGUUCUAUCAGGAUCUGUGGGACUGCAGGCUGAGAUACCUGAACUAAGUUCUCUUUAGAUAGGCUACUUGCUGAACCUUCAAGCUGCUUGUUCACCUUCUGAGCUAUGCAGCCAUAGUCAUCUGUUCUGCACUCCUCGUUCUAUUACCAGAGAGCACAAUUUUACCCAGUGGACGCAUUGCCAUUGUCUUUAUUUAUGAAUGUAUGAGGAGUAAAGUUUUCUCUAAGGGAACCUUCCCAAGUGGGGGAAUGAAGCCUUGACAAUACAGGUGAUUAAAUCUGUG